AUGCUUGGGCUCGGUACAUACGAAAGUAGUAGCGAGGAUGAGAGCACCAACGAUGUCUCUGCCGGCGUAAAACGAGUGACAAGUUCUCAACUACCGAUCGAUAAGAUGAAGCAAGGUGAUAGCUUGCCUGAUGCGCAGUCUCUGUCCAAGGAGUCGGCUGGGGAUACGGCGAGCGAAGUGAAAGGACCAAGUGUAUACCAAGCUGCAACAGUUGAACCAGCUGAUGAAUCGAACAAACCGAUCGUUGGACCUCUCCCACCAUCUGAUUAUACGCCGCUUCUCCCGGAAGAAUCUGCUCAAUCUCCCAAGUCAUCGUCAUUCAUCUCCAUCAGCUCGCUACGCCGAGAUAUGACGCUCCCUCCGUUUCCAAACCUCGACAUACCCCCCUCUCCUCCAGGCUCUCCCAAUCCCGAAAUGAACAAGAAGUUCGAGCAUUUCCUAACCCUUAAAAAGGAAGGCGUUCAUUUCAACGAAAAGCUGGCCUCUUCAUCCUCACUAAAGAAUCCAAACCUGCUUCAGAGUAUGAUGAAACAUGCUGGACUAGACGAACAGGCGCAAUACAGCACUUCUCUACCUACGGAACUAUGGGACGUGUCGACUCUUCCUUCAUGGGCCUACAAGGACGAAUUGUCGAAGAGCCAGCAGAGCAUACGGCGUAAGCUGGAGGAAAAGAAAUCUGACCGUGAUGCUAUUGAGUUUGUUCCGGGUUCUGGAAGCGGCACUCCUGGAAGCGGUAAACUGAAAUCUAGUGCGGCAGAGAGAGUUAUGGCUGGCCUCAGUCGGGAGCCGUCUCCGCUCAAACUGGAUCAGAACAAACGAGACUCUUCCCCGCCGUACACCAUGAACCACUUCCCAGAAGCUUGGGGCCGGCCGAGAGAUGAUGUGUACGGAGCCUAUGAUCACUCGUACCUCCAGACUUCCGGCCCAACGACCCAUACCCAGCGCCCAAUCGUGACAGGAACGUCUGUUAUUGCUGUCAAGUUCAAGGACGGUGUAGUGAUAGCUUCGGACAACUUGGGUUCUUAUGGCUCCCUCGCUAGAUUCAGCGACUUGAAGCGUCUCCGAGUCUUCGACAACUCUUCCGUGGUUGGAUUUGGCGGUGACGUCUCAGACAUGCAAUAUAUCGACCGCGUCCUAAACUCCCUAGACAUACAAGAGAACUACUCCACGUACGGCGAACAUUCCCUCAACGCCAAAAAUCUGCACACAUAUCUCUCCAAGUUGCUCUACAAACGGCGAUCCGACUUCAACCCGCUCUGGAACCACAUUCUCGUUGCCGGGCUUGAUGGAGAGGGCAAGCCAUUCCUCAGCUCUGCGGACUUGCUAGGAACUACUUACUCUGCGCCAUCUCUCGCCACAGGGUUCGGAGCGCACUUGGCUGUUCCUAUUCUGCGUCGACUGUUCCCAGAAGAAAACGGCAUAGAGAAUAUUACGAAAGAGCAGGCUGUGAAAGCUAUGAAGGACUGCAUGAAGGUGCUGUUCUACCGAGAUGCGAGAAGUUCGGACAGAUAUUCGAUUGCUGUCGUUACGAAGGAGGGAGUGGAGAUCAAGGAGGAUGAGGCGCUGGAGAACCAAAGCUGGGCUUUUGCUGAUCGGGUUAAAGGCUACGGUACUCAGACCAACUAA